AUGAGGGCAAUCGUACUGGUUUGUCUGCUUCGUGCAGCUUUUGCUAAGGAAACGUCGCCUUACCGGUGGGAACCCACCACCCAGCCGCCGCUGGGCCCCAGAUCCGACCAAAGCGCAUGUACUGCUGGCCCAGAGGCGUGUGGCUGCUGUCUGAUGCAGAAGCACAUCAACAGGAUGGAGCACUUCUUUAACUUCACCGUGCUGGAAAUGAGGCAGGAGCUGAUCAAGACCAAGAUGGGCCUGAACAAUAUGAGAGCCAGCCGCAGCGCCUUCUCCGUCGCUCUGAACGAUGACGAGGGUUUGACCUGCUUUGGCCCCUUCCCUAACAACAAACUCAUGCACAACGACACACUCAUCCCCUACAAGCACGUUUUCAUCAACCUGGGAGACAGCUACGAUGCCCAGACCGGCAUCUUCACCGUCCCCCGCAGCGGCGUCUACAGCUUCGCUGUCACCAUCUACAGCUACACCGCCCGGGCUCAGAAGGCCUGCGCAAACCUGCAGGUGAACGGCAGAGCGGUGGCUGAGCUGACGGAGAGAAACGGCGAGGACAGUGAAGACAGCAACAGCGUCGUGGCCGCCGUGCAGCUGGAGGCCGGGGACUGGGUGGCCGUCGGCCUGCUCAGAGGAUGUGACCUCUGUGACAACUCCAAACACUUCAACACUUUCACCGGCUUCCUGCUCUACGCUACUGAUACAGAGAGAAGAGCAUAGAUGCUCUGUACCUUGGUCACUUCGACCACAUACAGUACCAACCAGAUUU